UUUCUUAUGAAUCUCAAUUAAAAAGAUAUUCUCAAAUCUCAAUUAUGUAAAGCAAAAACGUUUCUAGCUUUGAAAAUUCUCAAGAUUUUGACAAAACAAAAAGAAACCAGAAAACCAAAAUAUCAGGAAUAUAAAUAAACAAAGAAGGCGAUUGGUUCCAAUUGAAAUGGAAGCAAGCUUCAUGUUAAAGCAGUUACCAAGCUGCAAUACUUCAACUUUGUCUUGUCUCUCUCGUCAGCUACUCUUAAUCUCCAGUUCCCACCACAAAUCUCACUUCUUGUUCCUCAAACACCCAUUUUCAUCCACCUUUCAACUCCACCACCAACACCAACCUUUCAUUUUGAAGAACAGCACCAGCCAUGGCACCAGUGACAAGCCAAGAACAACAUCACCCACCAAGAAAAGAAAAACCAACAUCAAAAAAAACAUUGGAAUCUCCAGAAAACCCAGAAAAUCUGUUCCUGUUGGUAAUGAUGGUGGUGGGGAGGUCGUAGUUAAUGAAGAGAGUGAAAACAAGGUCAAAAUGAAGGUAAAUGUGAAUUCUUUGCAUCAAAAUGGGGACCCUUUAGGGAAAAAGGAUCUGGGCAAGAGUGUUGUGAAGUGGAUAAGCCAGGGAAUGAGAGCAAUGGCUAGUGAGUUUGUUGCUGCUGAGACUAGAGGGGAGUUUUUGGAGCUGAGACAAAGGAUGGGUUUGGAGGCUGGAUUGACUUUUGUUAUACAGGCUCAGCCUUAUAUUAAUGGUGUUCCUAUUCCUUUAGGGUUUGAAGCUCUUUGCUUAAAGGCUUGUACUCAUUAUCCUACGCUUUUCGAUAAUUUUCAAAGAGAGCUGCGUGAUGUUCUUCAGGAAUUGCAGGGUAAAGGGUCUGUUCAGGAUUGGCAAAAGACUGAAUCUUGGAAGUUGCUCAAGGAGCUUGCUAAUUCAGUUCAGCAUAGAGCAGUUGCGCGAAAAGUGUCACAACCAAAGCCUUUGCAAGGUGUUUUAGGCAUGAAGUUGGAGAAGGCUAAGGCCAUACAGGGAAGAAUUGAUGAGUUUACUCAAAGAAUGUCGGAAUUGCUCCGUAUAGAGAGGGAUGCAGAAUUGGAGUACACUCAGGAGGAGUUGAAUGCUGUUCCUACACCUGAUGAGAAUUCUGAUUCAUCUAAGCCGAUUGAGUUCUUGGUUAGCCAUGGACAGGCUCAGCAAGAGCUUUGUGACACCAUCUGCAACUUGAAUGCAGUUAGCACGUUUACAGGAUUAGGAGGAAUGCACCUGGUAUUGUUUAGGGUUGAAGGAAAUCACCGACUGCCACCUACAACCCUUUCACCUGGUGACAUGGUUUGUGUGAGAGUUUGUGACAGUAGGGGUGCAGGUGCAACUUCUUGCAUGCAGGGUUUUGUCAAUAACCUUGGGGAGGAUGGCUGUAGUAUCAGUGUGGCUCUAGAAUCUCGUCAUGGUGAUCCCACCUUCUCGAAGCUCUUUGGCAAUAGUAUUCGUAUUGAUCGUAUCUAUGGAUUGGCAGAUACUCUCACUUAUGAGCGUAACUGCGAAGCCCUCAUGCUGCUUCAGAAGCAUGGCAUGCAAAAGAAAAAUCCCUCAAUUGCUGUUGUGGCUACACUAUUUGGUGACAAGGAGGAUAUUGCUUGGUUGGAAGAAACAGAUUUGGCAGACUGGAAAGAAGCUGAUAUGGAUGAAUCUCUUGGGAGUGAAAAGUUUGAUGAUUCACAACGAAAAACAAUUGCCUUGGGAUUGAAUAAGAAACGGCCCCUAUUGGUAAUCCAAGGGCCUCCAGGUACUGGGAAGUCAGAUUUGCUUAAAGAACUUAUAGUACGCGCUGUUCACCAAGGUGAAAGGGUGCUUGUGACAGCACCUACAAAUGCAGCUGUUGACAAUAUGGUUGAUAAACUUUCAAGUAUUGGCUUAGACAUUGUUCGGGUUGGUAAUCCAGCACGUAUUUCUUCUGCUGUAGCAUCAAAAUCUUUGAGUGAAAUAGUGAAAUCUAAGCUUGCAACUUUCUGCAUGGAGUUUGAAAGGAAAAAGUCCGAUCUUAAAAAAGACCUGAGACAAUGCUUAGAUGAUGAUUCUUUAGCUGCUGGCAUCCGACAGCUUCUGAAACAGCUCGGAAAGACCAUGAAAAAGAAGGAAAAGGAUACCGUAAAGGAGGUGUUAUCAAGUGCACAGGUAGUUCUUGCAACUAACACCGGAGCAGCCGAUCCUCUGGUUAGGAAGCUGGAUUCUUUCGACCUCGUUAUCAUAGAUGAAGCAGGGCAGGCAAUAGAACCUUCUUGUUGGAUACCGGUAUUGCAGGGUAAACGCUGUAUUAUUGCUGGGGACCAAUAUCAGCUCGCUCCGGUGAUUCUAUCUAGAAACGCCAUGGAAGGUGGCCUUGGUGUAUCUCUACUGGAAAGAGCUGCAAAUUUGCAUGAGGGGGUCCUUGCAACUCAGUUAACUAUACAGUAUCGUAUGAAUAAUGCAAUAGCCAGUUGGGCCUCCAAGGAAAUGUAUGGUGGAUUAUUAAAGUCCUCUUCAAAAGUUGCUUCACAUCUUCUUGUAGAUUCUCCAUUUGUUAAGCCUACAUGGAUAACUCUAUGCCCCCUGCUGUUACUGGAUACAAGAAUGCCAUAUGGAAGUCUGUCCUUAGAUUGCGAAGAGCAUUUAGACCCAGCUGGAACAGGUUCACUUUACAAUGAAGGGGAAGCCGAAAUUGUUGUGCAACAUGUGAUUUCCUUGAUUUAUGCAGGUGUUAGACCAGCAGCCAUUACAGUUCAGUCACCUUAUGUUGCUCAGGUGCAACUCUUAAGAGACAGGCUGGAUGAAAUUCCUGAGGCAGAUGGUGUCGAAGUUGCCACUAUCGAUAGCUUCCAAGGUCGUGAGGCGGAUGCAGUAAUCAUAUCAAUGGUUCGCUCGAACAAUCUGGGAGCAGUCGGAUUCUUGGGUGACAGCAGGCGAAUGAAUGUGGCCGUAACAAGAGCAAGAAAACAUGUAGCCGUUGUCUGUGACAGCUCAACAAUAUGCCAUAACACCUUCCUGGCUAGACUAUUGCGCCACAUUCGUUAUUUCGGCAAGGUGAAGCAUGCAGAGCCUGGUAGUUUCGGGGGAUCUGGACUCGGCAUGGAUCCAAUGUUGCCAUCAUCAAUCAGUUAAGUAUACAUUAUGAUGUGUUUUCUUUCCGGAAGAACUCAACACAAAUGCCUGAUCACCACAAGUAUAUGCUUUUAUAUCCAUUUAUGUACAGCAGGAUUCCAUUUUUGUUGACAGAACAGAAAAGAAAUAUUGGUAGUUACAUUGUCUGUGAUUGUCAGUUAGAUUUGUAUAUAAACAGUACAUACAAUGCCAUUCUUAAUUGUAUAUGAUUUUGAAGUUUAUAAAAACUCAAUGCAAGUUCAAUUAGUA